GUCUCCUCUUCGGACCGCUCGCGUGUAGUCACCCAAUUAGCGCGGUGUACGCGUAGGGAAAGUGCGCCACCAGGGGAGGCGCUCCGGUUGGAUAUCUAUCCUCUGGUGCAGCGUUGCCCAGGGAGAGCCAGGCACCCUGCCUAAUCUUGUGUGUUGUGUUCUUCUGUGUAUAAGGAGAUAGAUGAAAGAGCGCGGGCGAGAGCGAGGCUGCCUGAAAAAUAUGGCGAUGUUGAGGAUGGCUGCCGCAGGGUUGUUAGGCCUUGCGUCCUCCGCGUGGGCGGCGACCGUCACGGUGGACCUCCAGCCGUGCAUCUUGGCCCCCAGCAAAAUUACCCAGGACAACGGAGACACGCCGGACGCCUACGUGACGUCUACCUUCUACAAGGGCUACUGGGGAGCAAAGCAGGUGACCUUAACGGGGACGAGCGAACUCACCAACUCGUUGACCUCCGGUAAGUGCAACGUCGUCUACGUCGGCAUCCCGGUCACCGAGGCCCAGAAGGUCCAGCUGCAGGACUAUUCGCGGACCUUCAAGGUGCGCAUCGUGUACUUCAACGCCGCCGAGACCGCCAACGACCCGGAGGUUAACUCCCGCCUCGGCAUCUCGCAGGAUUUCUCAGAGCCCCUCAUCUCCGCACCUUUCAUCGCCCUCGCCACCGGGGGCGCAGCGGUUGCUCGCGUGGUGCCGUCCACCCUCGUCACCAACCCGCGGGAGUUCAACAUCUUCACGAGGCCGGUGCUGGUCACCAACUUGGCAACCACCGGAAACGGCACCGCCACGGUCAUGGCCGAGUACGUGGACGACAGCGGGGCCAACGUCCCGAGCAGCCUGUCGUUUCCUUCCGUGGCGGCCAUGGCGUACGCCAGCAACGACGGCUACGAGGAGCUCCACCUCUUCUUCUCCGUCGCCUGGUUCGACACCGGCUCUUGGGCGUGGGCACACUUCUUCAUCGAGUGGGGCACCAAGGGUGUCUUUCAGGGAGAGCGGCGAUUCUACCUCGCCGGCAUGGUGGACGAUCUAUUCCUCGCGACCGGGGUGUUCGAGUAUGAUGGCGACACCAACGAGGGGGCGGAGGUACGGUUGACGAGCAGCGACAUGAGCGCCUUCGCUUCGUUCGAGAGCAGCCUUAACUCGCAGUACGGCUCCAGCAUCGUCACUGAGUGGCCCUUCAACGGCCUGGGCAUCCUGAACGUGGUGAAUUCCGCAUUCGUCCUCGACAUCGCGAACGCUGACAUCGCGCUGCUCCCGAAGGGUCAGCAGGUCAACGGCGACGGCAUUGACCCCCAGCUCCCCGUCGGCUGGCUGGCAACCGCCGUCCCCGGCAUGACCGCCGAGUUCGCCGCCGGCUCCUGGUCCACGGACGGUCUGCUUGGAUGGGUGCUGGCCAACCUGGACACGUUCUGGUGGCAGAGCCACACCCUCUCGCACCUCGCGAGGGAUGACCUGGGAGAGUCAGACUGCAGCAUCGAAGACGGCGGCAACGCGCAGAUUGCGGUGCUGACCGGAAUGUUUAACAGCGACAACUACAACUGGCGGAGCCUGACUUCUCCGGGUAUCACGGGACUGUUCAACAAGUUUUGCCUGACCUCCGCGACAAGCAACCUCAUGACUUGCGCACCCGGGGACAACACGUACGACGGAGUCCAGACGGACGUCAGCCUCAUCUCGUCGGUCAGCCAGUUCCACUCCAUCUACACCACCGAGUCGAACAACGGCUUCUCCGGCUUCCAGAUCGUGCCCCGAUACGCGACGUUCGUGUACUUCAACUGCGCCACCGGAGACUGCCUCGUCAACGAGAACGAGUUCAUCCGCCGCAAGACGUGCGGGUGCUCCAAUCUAAACCCGGCCGAGGACAAGGGGUCCUGCUCUCUGUGCGAUGACAUCCAGUCGUUCGGCAGCGUCGAGGCCCUGUACGAAACGGAGGCCAAGACCACCACGCGCCAGAUCCUCAUGGGUCGCAGGGACAAGUACAUGUUCCACCAGGCUAGCAUCGUCCCGUAUUGUCCCACAUUUCACCCGCCAACUAUUCGGUUAUUGGCCGGUUUUCCCAUUUUUGUACCACACACGCUCGUCGCCAGGGACAAGUACAUGUUCCACCAGGCUAACGUCGUCCAGAACUCGGCGGUGCCCGGGGGGUCUCUGCUAGCGUACUGGUACCAAGAGGUCAUGAAGCUCUUGUCUCAGUUCAUCUCGUUCCCCGUGACGUCCAAAAAGUUCGACGACCACUGCACGGAGUUCGGUCUCCACGAGGACCUGGAUUCGUCGGAAGCUCUCCUGACGGCCACCGUGGACAACGUCUCUGGAGAGAUCUCCGGUAUCUCCCUCUCGGCCUCGGGCACCGCCGGGGUGAUCCCCUUGACCGUGCCCAGCACUUUGACGAUCCCCACCGCGGGGCUCACCGUCGGCAGCACCACCACGUACGGCUCCGACACGACCUACUACAUCGCUACCACCUCUUCGGCCGUGCCGUCGCCGGCCUCUGCGCCUCCCUCGAGCUCGCUUGCCCCGAUCGGCGAGGUCGUCACCUCUACCGAUCCAGGUAGCAAUACCACCGAUCUCGUGGCUGCCACCCAGGCAGCGGCCGACGGCGGGGGCGACGCAUCAACGCCCAUCCUCGUCACCAACCCCCCCACGAUUGGGACGGCGCCCGCCGCCGCCAAGGUCACGGCCGACCUUGUUGUGCCGACACGCGCGCCGGCCGCUGCCGCUGCAGCUCCUUGACCUGUGGUGGCUGCCACGGCGGCUUCGGCAGCGUUCUCUACCUAACCCUUCAGCCCGGAACCGCCAUCACAUCAGUUCAACAGGCGACCACGACCGCGCCGGUUGCCGGUGUUGCGGCGGCCCCUACCCCGGACACGGCCUAGUCCGCACAACCUGCCGAAGAAUCCGCCCGGGCGCAAACGCGUCAACUCGUUUACGGCGGCAGGACGAGCGUCCCACCUUGGUUUCGGGUGUCUCAGUUGUUUUGUAGGUUAUUCAGUAAUGGAAAGUAGUGAAGCGGGGGAGGGGGGAUGACUUGUAUGGGAAGAAGGUUUGGUCCGCGCGUCCGAUAUCUUGUUUAUCUCGCUCGCGCUGCUGCUGUGCAUUUCCCCCCCCCUCUCUACCCGGGUUUCUACUACGCUCGGGUGGUCUCGACAAGUUGUUUUUCUCCACACCAAUAAUGACACCGUCGGCGAAGAACCAAACGCCGGGGCGCUUCUACCCGGCCUGAUCCGACCGAUCGAUCUAACUCUCUCUCUCAUGUCCGAGAAUUCGAAUCUGACGCGUGACUCUAUUCUUUUAUUUUUCCUGUGUUGCUGUUGUAUGCACGUUAUAUAGGUUUAGUUGCCGUUGAUGUACUUUAACUGGAGUGCCGCUGAAGCGCGCCACACGUGAACUUGAAAUUGCUUGAUGUGUCGAUGAAGUAGCUCUUGGUGUACUUCCGAUCGCUGUUUGUACUCGCAGUGCGCUGCCUGCUGGAAUUCUUCGUUUUUCUUGUCAGUUAUUUUAUCUCAGGCCUUUUUUUUGCAAAUAUUUGAUGGAAAAGUAAAAUAUUGAUGGUCGUUGCCCAUUUCGUCCUGUCGAUUUUGUAGCCCUUCAGUCAGCUCGAUGAUGGUAUUCGGCGUGGCGCCGGUAUCGCAAGUCUGUUGCCACUUCCGCGGUACGUCUCUCCCAUAGUGUUUUGCUCAUCAGUGCGGGAAUCUGCCGCUGGAGAACGACAGUGUUCACCCGAAGGUGUUUGUUGAAGCGGCGUGGUUGGUCGGUUGGUACAUGCUUUGGCUGACGCACGCUGUUUCGAAGCCAUGCUGGAUGCCUCUUUUUGUUCUGUUCGCAAGAAUAGAAAAUACGGUUGCAAGAUGAAAGUAGAUCUUGCGGGGUGAUUUUUCCUCCGCAAAAACAUGCGCACGGUAUGUAGAUAUUGUUUUCCGGGGUGACUUUUCUUUGCCCGCCGCAAGAACAUGCUACUCGGUAGGAGUAGUACGUAUGCAUACGGUAGAUAUGUCUUUUCGUGGUGUGAGGGACCCUUUUCGUUGGCGAGGCAACAUCAUGUUUUUGCUAUGCAUCAAGGCGGUGUACUGUACGACGCGGACUGAUAAUACAAAAGGAAACAAGAGCUU